UGCACCGUACCUAGACUGAAGAGUAGAGGAUGAGAAUGUGGCCUAGAAGUAUCUGUCUCUCAGACCCCUUUGCUGAUGCAACUAAGGGUGACGACUUACUCCCGGCCGGGACUGAGGAUUACAUUCAUAUAAGGAUCCAGCAGCGAAACGGCAGGAAAACAUUAACUACUGUUCAGGGAAUUGCAGAUGACUAUGACAAAAAAAAACUUGUGAAAGCCUUCAAAAAGAAAUUUGCUUGUAAUGGUACUGUGAUCGAGCAUCCUGAAUACGGUGAAGUUAUCCAGCUUCAAGGUGACCAGAGAAAGAACAUUUGCCAAUUCCUCUUAGAGAUUGGCAUUGUCAAGGAGGAACAGCUGAAAGUUCAUGGUUUUUAAAAUGUGCAUUAUCACAUGAAGAAUUCUGCAGAUUUUGUUCUUACUCGAGCUGACUAAACUGAAAUGGGUCUUUGCAGUAAAUGGACUUGCCACUUAAAGUUUUAUUCACAUUUGCAUGAUUACCGAAAACAUGUGGUGUAUAGACUAGAAACACACAAAAAAAUUUCAGUAAGAUGGUAAUGAAGAACUUUGAAUUUUAACACAUUUCCAAUGGAAACAUUUUAGUGCUGAUUGUUGAGUUUAUGACUUUUCACCUGACUGAUUUACAUGUUUUUGUUGUAUUAAAACCAUGUGUAUGUGUUGCAGCUUAAA